GAAAUAGAUAGAGUGUACAUAUGGUCUGAUUUGAUAGUUUGAAGGUUAGGCCACUAACAACGAUAAAUCACAAACAUGGCUACUGCAUUGAGAAAGGAGUUCCUGAAAGUGAAGAAUAUUGCACAUCUAAAUAGUAGAAAAUCUCUUGCCAUUGCAAAGAGAACUAAAAAAAUAUUACACAGGCAGAAAGCAAAAAUGGGUGGCUUGAUAAAACAGAAUAUAACAAAAGAGAAAAUGUUAUGGAUCAAAGAUCAUAUGGUGCCAGAUGUUUGUCCCUAUACUACAGAAUUAACUGCUCGCUUGUUAAAAAUGUAUAUAGCAAGAAAUGACGAAGAAAUGGAUCAAAUUGUCCUCAAAAGAUUCGUAGGUACCAAAAGAGGUAGACAACAUGCCAGUAGAGAGGAUAUAUUAAGAAUGGCCAGAGAGAGAGAACAAGAAGAGUACGAUACAUGUGGGAUAGAAAUUCCUGAUAUUUUAAAUGCAACGCAGUGUCAGAUGUUAAGAGAAUGGAACGGAGAAUUAAGGUACUUGACCAAUUUUAAAUUCAGAAGGUUUGGUAAAAGACAUUUAGAGGAAACGUUACAAAAAGCAAGUAAGGAACCGAAACAAAAUAAAGAUAUACGAACAAAGGUUUUAGAAAAAUCAGGAAAUCCCUCUGUGGAAGAUAAGCUUGAGAACACAGAGAAUUCGUUAAGUAAUUCAGUUGAUGCAACAGAAGAUAAUCCACUGACAAAAUGUGCUAUGGAAGUAGAAUAA